AAAACAAAGCAGAGGAAAACAUAAACAUUUCAAACAUUGAUUGAAUGUUGAAUCGACUUUAUUAUUGAAUUGAUUUAAACUUGUCCAGUCGAAUCAGUCUUGUCCAUGCGAACAGUUCAGUAUUUAAUUAUCCUUGCUCGGAGUAAUCUCAUCUUCUUUGUGUGGUGUUCGAUUGAGUCUAAGUUCCUUUUAAAAAGUUGAUUUAUUUAAUAAGCAAAAUGUCUAAAUGGCUAGUUAUUUUAUUUUUAUUCAAAUAUAUCUUGGCAGAUCCAACUCCCAUUGUUCUUUGGCAUGGAAUGGGUGAUACUUGUUGCGUCGACUUUAGUUUAGGAUCUUUUAAAAUAUUUUUGGAAAAAGAAAUUCCUGGUGUUUAUGUACUUUCCUUACAAAUCGGUAAUUCAACUAUUGAAGAUUUUGAAAAUGGGUAUUUUAUGCAUCCAAAUAAACAAGUUCAAUAUGUUUGUCAAGUACUGGCGAAUGAUCCAAAAUUAGCAGAUGGUUUUAAUGCAAUUGGAUUUUCACAGGGAGCUCAAUUUCUGAGAGGAGUUGUUCAGCGAUGUGGUCAUAAGUUGCCAGCAAUAAAAUCAUUAAUAUCCCUUGGUGGACAACACCAAGGAGUUUACGGGUUGCCACACUGCGGAGCACUGCAGCAUGCAUCUUGUGAUUAUGUUAGGAAGAUGCUUAACUACGCUGCUUAUUAUAGUUGGGUGCAAGAAUCUUUAGUACAGGCAACCUACUGGCAUGAUCCUUUAGACGAAGCCGUAUAUAAGAAACAAAGUCAAUUCUUAGCAGACAUUAAUAAUGAAAGAAAAAUUAAUAGAACGUAUACAGAAAAUCUGAACCGAUUGGAUAAACUAGUGCUGGUGAAAUUCGAAAGCGAUAGUAUAGUGCAACCGCGAGAGACCGAAUGGUUCGGUUUCUAUGCACCGGGUCAAGCAAAAAGACUGCAGUCGCUGGAGCAAUCUGAUCUUUAUAUACAGGAUCGUUUGGGAUUAAAGAAAAUGGAGGAAUCAGGUAAGCUCGUAUUCUUGUCAACUCCAGGUGAUCAUCUUCAAUUCGCUCAAGAUUGGUUCAUUGAGAAAAUUCUACAACCUUACUUACUGUAACUUAAGAUGUCUUAUUUAAAUCAAAUAAUCAAUAUGUAAGUUAACUCAGUGCAAUAAAUAAAUUUUUUUUUAACAUAUGACAUAGAUUUAUAAAGAUCUGAAUAA